CGCAGCCACCCUUGCGCGUUCCUUUCCAUCCGCGUGCCCGUGGGUUAGCCUGUGUAUCUACGCUGAGGGAUUCCAUCAGGAAGAAAAAUGCCGACAAAAAUCAUAUUUGAAAGUGAAGAUCAAGCCAUGGAGGAUAACGUGGAUACUGUCGCGGAGGCUAAAACCCCAAAGAAGACCAAGGAGGGCAAGAAGCUGAAGAAGAUGAAGCAGCUGCAGGAGCAGGAAGAGCAGGAGGACCCAGACUGUGAACCUCCUGCACCAAAGAAAAAAAAGAAAAAAGACAAGCUGACAGUGGACCAAGUGAACUGUGACGUAGAGGAGGCCACAGACGCGAACAGUAACGGUGUUGAAACACCAAAGAAGAUUAAGAUCAAGAAGAACGCUGAAGGAGACACAGAGAACAAAAAGAAGAAGCAAAAGAAAGCAAUCGCAGAAACCAACGGACAUGCCUCCCCAAUCCCCCCCGCUCCGACACCGGUCCAGUCAAGUGACGACUCGGCUAGCGAGAACGAAAAAGAAACGGGGGAGACACGCGAGCAGAAGGAAGGGGCCUUCUCCAACUUCAGGAUCUCCCAAUUCACCAUUGAUAAACUAAAAGUUCGGGGCGUCUCUUACCUGUUUGACAUUCAGUCGAAGACGUUUAAUUCGGUAUAUGAUGGAGAGGACGUAAUUGCACAAGCCCGAACAGGAACAGGAAAGACGUUCUCAUUCGCCAUCCCUUUGGUGGAAAAGCUGCAGAGGGAGACGGUGGAUUUCCCCAGAGGCCGGGCUCCCAAGAUCCUGGUGUUAACCCCAACCAGAGAGUUGGCUAUCCAGGUGGCCAAGGACUUCAAAGACGUCACCAAGAAACUGGCUCUUACCUGUUUCUAUGGAGGCAGCUCCUACAAUCCUCAGAUCGAUGCUAUCCGUAGUGGUAUUGAUAUCCUGGUCGGCACCCCUGGUCGCAUCAAAGACCACCUCCAGAACCAGAAACUCGACCUCUCGAAGCUGAAACACGUUGUUCUGGAUGAAGUGGACCAGAUGUUGGACAUGGGAUUUGCAGAACAAGUUGAAGAAAUUUUGUCUUAUUCAUAUGAGAAAGACUCCAAAUCCAACCCACAGACUCUUCUGUUUUCGGCCACCUGCCCCCCCUGGGUCUACGAGGUUGCCAAGAAAUACAUGAGACCAGAGUGCAAACAUGUUGACCUGAUUGGCAAGAAAACACAGAAAGCUGCAACAACUGUAGAACAUCUGGCCAUAGCGUGCCACUGGUCCCAGCGUGCAGCCGUGAUAGGCGACGUGAUCCAGGUUUACAGCGGCAGCCACGGCAGAACCAUCGUGUUCUGUGAGACGAAGAAAGAUGUCAACGAACUUUCCAUGAAUGUGUCCAUCAAACAGAGUGCCCAGUGCCUCCAUGGUGACAUUCCUCAGAAACAGAGAGAGAUUACGCUGAAGGGCUUCAGGAAUGGGGGUUUUGAGGUUCUCGUUGCCACCAAUGUUGCGGCCCGUGGAUUAGACAUCCCUGAAGUCGACCUGGUGGUGCAGUGUGCUCCACCCAAGGAUGUGGAGUCGUACAUCCAUCGUUCGGGACGUACGGGCCGAGCAGGCAGGACCGGAGUCUGCAUCUGUUUCUACCAGAGGAAGGAGGAGGACCAGCUGCGCUACGUAGAAAACAAAGCCGGUAUUUCAUUCAGACGAGUUGGCGUUCCCACUGCCAACGAUAUCAUCAAGUCAUCGAGCAAGGAUGCUGUCAGGUAUCUGGACUCUGUUCCAGUUACAGCCGUCGAGUACUUCAAAGAGUCGGCUGAGAAGCUGAUCGCGGAGAGAGGAGCCGUCGAGGCACUAGCUGCUGCCCUGGCUCACAUUUCUGGAGCCACAAAUCUAGAGCAGAGGUCACUACUCAAUUCUGAUCUUGGUUUCACCACGAUGCAGAUGGUAUGUUCUCAGGAGAUGCAUAAUCUGGGUUACGCCUGGAAAACCAUCAAAGAACAGGCUGGAGAUCAGUUCGAUGAACACAUUCGAGGAAUGACCUUCCUUAAAGGCAAAAUGGGAGUUUGUUUUGAUGUCCCCGUUGACAAAGUCAAGGAGAUUCAGGACAGCUGGAAGGAUGGUCGCCGCUGGCAAUUAACUGUUGCCACAGAGCUCCCGGAUUUGGAGGAGAAGCCAUUCAAUGACCGCGGCGGCGACAGAGGCUAUGGAGGCGGUAGCCGAGGAGGAGGGUUCAGAGGUGGCAGGGGGCGGGGUUCCGGGGGUUAUGGUGGCCGCAGUAACGGGUUCAGAAGUGGAGGCGGUGGAGGCGGCUUUGGCAACACGAGAGGAACACACAAACGUGACUUCAGUGACGCUUUUGGUUAUUGAUGUGCCAACCUGUGGACUGAUAAGACUGACUGUCACUCAUCUGAGCUUGCAGGGGUUUUUAUUGGCUGCGAGCGGGGUCAAUGUAUUGUAAGCUUUCAAAUAUUCACAAGUAACUUAUACAGUUCAUUAAAUGACCAAUUUCCCCUAAAGUGAAAAUUGCAUGUGAUCUGAUAAAAAAUGUAUUCAUGUCCAAUUAGCCAAUUCCUACUGGUUCAAAACCGGACUUCCUGUGUACAGUGUGUUCAGAGCAGAAAAACACUUUGCACAUCUGCUUUGAUGAGACGGGUGCGUAUGAGAAGGACGAGUACAUUUGAAAAGUUGCAAAUAAGCUCCCGAGACUGUGUGCAGGAGUUCAUUUGUGUCCAGUAUAUUAUCACAGGACCACUUGCAGCCAUCUCGUAAGACCUAUGCUAUGUGCUUCUUUUAGGUGACGCGUUAGCUUUGACUCAAGCAGUGACGGAGUUGGAGACAUUUGUACUACAUAAAUUAGUGUGUAAUUCAGUUGCUAUGUCUUGGAUGGCAUAGGUUUCAAAACAUUGGCUAAUCAACUUGUAGUAUAAGUUGAGCAUUUGAAUUCGUCAUCAAUUGAGUUUGAGGUAAAGUGUUACUCUUUUUGUUUUUGUACUGGGUGUUUGGGGGAAGGGUGGCAGCAAUCACACUUUUGCCUUUUGUCAAAAAAUAUAAGGCACCCCCAUUCUGACCUAGCAACGUGUACACUUGUGCUACUUGUUACAUGACUACACUAAAUAACUCUGUGAGUGUGUAGUGCCAUGCAGGUGCACUGUCCUGCAGACACAGAGCAGAGAUGAAAUGGGUGUUAACCUUUACACUUGUGCUCUGUGUUGGUUUGCUGCCUUACCCUCUGCUGAAACCUCGUUCCCUUAAAAUGGAGUGGAUGAUUGCUUUGCAAUUGCCUCUAUUCAAUUACUGUGUCUACGGCUUCCAUUCAUUCAAAUAACACUUCUUAUUCAUUAAAAAAAAAGGUCAACUCGG